CGUUAUCUGGUUUCGACAGACAGGCCUGAGUGAGCGUGCAAGGUAGCCCACGAGGGUUACAGAAAUAUUUGGGAGCGCCGGACCCUAGAGGCCAUAGACACGGGCGUGGGCGCAGUCUGCACGCAUAGGUAACAGCUAUGCUCCAGUGUCCGGACGCAAAGCCAGGACGUGACACCUCUGCAGGACCCCACACCUCGAGGCGACCCCAGGGAGGAGACCAGCAAUCUCUAGAGAAUGUUACAACUAGACUGGAAUUCGUGUCCGACGGGUGGUAGGUAGUCAGCAACUACGCAAUUUGGACGUGAACGCCGGCCGCGUAGGCCCCCUCCCCACACCCCCCUCCAGCUCCCGCAGCGCCCUGGCAGCGCCCCCGGAAACCGCGGCGCCCCCGGAAGCCCCGACCCCAGCCUGGGCAGUCUUCCCCGAGUCUCUCCCGGCUCUACAGCCCUCCCCGGAAGUUCCUCCUCCUGGCUAGGGCCGCUCUGGCCCGCGCGGGCCCUUCUCGCUGGUGGACUCGGCGUCGCCCCGCCACACGACGCUCCUCCGGCCGCCAGGGUGCGGAGGCAGCGGCAGGGCCCCUCUAGCCCGCGGCGGCCGCUCGACUGCUCUGCGGCGCUCUCCCUUCCUGCGCCCAGGCCGCCGCCUUCGAGUAGUUCCCCCGGCAACGUCUCUGAGCCGUUCCCCCGGCAACGCUCUGCAGGCGCAGUCCCGGCCGCCAUGGACUCGCUGUCGGGCGCUGGGCCUCGCCGGGCUCGCGGCCGCUUGGGCGAGGCGUCCCCUGGAGCGCGGGCUGCGGCGGCGCCCUGGGCGCGCUUCUCGGCCUGGCUGGAGUGCGUGUGCGUGGUCACCUUCGACCUGGAGCUAGGCCAGGCGCUGGAGAAAAGCAGCAUCUGCUACCUGUCUUUUCCCGACUCCCACUCAGGCUGCCUCGGAGACACUCAGUUCAGCUUCCGCAUCCGGCAGUGUGGUGGGCAGAGGAGCCCCUGGCAUGCGGAAGACAGACACUACAACAGUGGGGCUCCCGUGUCCUUGCAAAGGGAGCCGGCACACUACUUUGGUUACGUGUACUUCAGGCAGGUGAAGGACAGCUCCGUGAAGAGGGGCUACUUCCAGAAGUCUCUGGUGCUGGUAUCCCGCCUGCCCUUCGUCCGGCUGUUCCAGGCGCUGCUGGGCCUCAUUGCCCCUGAGUACUUCGACAGGCUGGCACCGUGCCUGGAAGCGGUGUGCAGUGAGAUUGACCAGUGGCCCGCCCCCACGCCUGGGCAGACCCUGAAGCUGCCUGUCAUGGGAGUAGUCCUCCAGGUUCGCAUCCCGUCCAGGGUGGACAAGCCAGAAUACAGUCCUCCGAAGCAGUGCAGCCAUGAGAGUCUGCUGCCCACCCCAGUGGUCCUUGCCAGUGUCCACGAACUGGACCUGUUCAGGUGUUUCCAGCCAGUGCUGACCCACGUGCAGACUCUGUGGGAGCUCAUGCUCCUGGGGGAGCCCCUGCUGGUCCUGGCGCCCUCACCCGCCAUGGCCUCCGACCUGGUGCUGGCUCUGAUCAGCUGCCUGCAGCCCCUCAAGUUCUGCUGUGACUACCGCCCCUAUUUCACCAUCCAUGACAGCGAGUUCAAGGAGUUCACCACACGCACGCAGGCCCCACCAAACGUGGUCCUGGGAGUCACAAACCCUUUCUUUAUCAAAACACUCCAGCACUGGCCCCACAUCCUCCGUGUUGGGGAGCCCAAGAUGUCAGGGGAUCUUCCUAAGCAGGUCAAGCUGAAAAAGCCCUCUAGGCUGAAGACCCUGGACACCAAGCCAGGCCUCUACACGGCUUACUCCGCCCACCUCCACCGAGACAAGGCGCUGCUGAAGCGGCUGCUCAAGGGCCUGCAGAAGAAGAGGCCGUGGGACACACAGACGGCAUCGCUGAGGCGGCACCUCCUAGAGCUCACCCACAGCUUCAUCAUCCCCCUGGUGAGGCCCAGGGCAGGAGGGGGAGGGGAGCGGAGGGCCACGGCCCUGGUUCACUCCCCUCCCCUUCCCUGCCAGGAGCACUACAUGGCCAGCCUCAUGCCCCUGAAGAAGAGCAUCACACCUUGGAAGACUCCUCCCCAGAUCCGCCCCUUCCGCCAGGAUGACUUCCUGCACAGCCUGGAGCACGCAGGGCCCCAGCUCACCUGCAUUCUCAAGGGCGACUGGCUGGGCCUGUACAGGCGGUUUUUCAAGUCCCCCCACUUUGAUGGCUGGUACCGGCAGCGGCACAGAGAGAUGGCCCAUAAGCUGGAGGCCUUGCACCUUGAAGCUAUCUGUGAGGCGCAGAACAUUGAGACCUGGAUGAAGGACAAGUCUGAAGUGGAGGUCGUGGACCUAGUCCUGAAGCUUCGGGAGAAGCUGGUGCAGGCACAAGGCCACCAGCUCCCGGUGAAGGAGGCGACGCUUCAGCGGGCACAGCUGUACAUCGAGACAGCCAUCGGCUCUUUGCCCAAGGACUUGCAGGCUGUCCUGUGCCCCCCCUAGGACAGAGCCAAAGGGCAAGGUCCAGGGAUCUGGGUCUGGCCCAGCUUCCUCAUCCUCAGUGAGAGGUGGUCCCAACCAAGCGCGAGCUCCCUGCUGCUGCUCCCCAGCCUUGGCCUCCUGUCAGCACCACUGUUGUUCCAGCAGUAAAGGUGGCAUUUGGAACCACA